GAUUGGCUGUUGCCCAGGGUAACCAGGGACGCUGUGGGCACGCGGGGGCCCCCGGCCAGUAUUUGAAGCAGCUCGGGCCCCGCGCUCUCCUCAGUCCGGCCUGGACCGGCGACCACACUGGCACCUGAGCUGAGAGAGAGGGUGCAGCAAGGUAACGCGCUCCCCCGGCCCACCCCCAAUCCCCACCCCCGCGUUACCGCGGAGACGGGCUUGUGCCGGAACAAGGAGCGGGGCUCACAGCGCGUAGCUCACCAAUAAACUCCCCUCCCCCCGACCAUCCUUACUCAGCCCCCCUGUCCCACCCAUCCAUCCAUCCAUCCAUCCACUCACCUAGCCUGGGAGAGGCAACUACUCAGGUGUGAAGGCAAAGAGGAGGAAAAAAGAAAGAAGUUAGGAAGAAAGGACAGGACGAGCGAUCACCCCCUGGUGGGGGCGCGAGGAAUAGGGGACCCUUUGGAGAGACGAAGGCGAGACCGCAGAGGGCAAGCACACGUGAGGCGGCGGCGGCGGCAGAGAGGAGAAAGAGGCGCGAGGUGCCCAGGGGCCACCCAAGAUCUUGGGAGUCGCCCCUCCUCGCCCAGAAGGGGGCCCGUCCAGCAGCAUCCCAGAGUCCUCGACGUGGUUGACAGCUGCACGGAGAAGGCAUGGCCCUGGCCCUUGACCGACGGGCGGAUCCCCUGAACCUAGGCGGCGGCUGGGCCUCCCCGUCGCCACUCCCUCCCUGGUCUCCGUGCCACCGACGGCGGAGAAGCACCGCCAUGUCGCGACGGCGCCACCGCUCUGGACCCAAGCUGGAGUAUGAGGAGCUGCGCAAGCAGGCGAAGCACCAGCAUGAGGCAGGCCCGCAGUGGCCCCAUACGCAGCGGCGCACUGAGCGUCCGUCCAGCCCCACCUGCUGGGGCCCCGGGGCCUGCUGGACCCCGGGCCCGUGGCGUUGCCCGCCUGUGGAGGUGUGGAAGCCCCCGGGCCGGGUGCAGGUGGUGCGAGUGUACGGAUUGCGGCCCGCCUGUUCCUGCUGCUGCUCCUGCUGGAGCGGGCCUGACAAGCCCGGCUCUGGGCGGCCCUACCGCAAGAAGAAGAAGAAGCGCUGGGGGCGCAAGGGCCGUGGUGUGCGGCGUGGCCAUCCCCGCCGCCCCCUGCAGAGUAGCCCAGCAGUGGACCUGAGUGCCCUGCUGCGCCCAGUGAAUCUGUAUGGACGUCGAGCGCCCGGCAUGCGAGCCCCGCGCAACACCACACAGUUCAUAAUGAACCAGGUCUACGAGGACAUGCGCAAGCAGGAGAAGCAGGAGCGCCAGCAGGAGGCCCUGCGAGCCCGCCAGGCCGCCGCCGCCGCUGCGGCAGCUGCUGCAGCUGCGGCUACAGUGGGGCAGGAGCAAGGAGUCCCAGCCGUGGCUGCCACGUCCCGCCCGGAGGGCAGUGCCGGGGCGCUCCAGCCGGUUCGAGGAGGAGGCGAGCAAGACAAGGAAAUGCAGCUGCUGCAGGAAACUUUCUACAGCUUCGUUCAGAAGCAGCUCUACUGCCUCGUGCCCAGCCCUGCGGCCAAGGCGGCCAUCCAGGAGGACGAGGAUGAAGAUGAGGAGGAAGAAGAGGAGGAGGAGGAGGAGGAGGAAGAGGAAGAAGAGGAGGAGGAGGAAGAUGAAGAGGAGGAGGAGGAAGAUGAAGAGGAGGAGGAGGAGGAUGAAGAGGAGGAGGAGGGGCACCUGCUCCACCUGUCUUUGCAGCAAGACGGAAUGGAGGAGGAGAGAGAGGAGGAGGAGGAGGAGGAGAAAGACGAGGAGGAAGAGGAGAAAGAAGAGGAGGAGGAGGAAGAGGACAAUGAGGAGGAAGAGGAGGAGGAAGAAGAGGAGCGGUAUGAAGAGGAAGAGGAGGAAUCAGAGGAGGGAGAUGAGGAGGAGGAAGAAUUCCAAGAAGAUGAGGAGGAAGAGUUGAUGAAAGAGGAGGAUGACAUUGAGGAAGAGGAGGAGAUGGAGGAAGAAGAGGAUUACCAGGAGGAAGAGCAGCUGCAAGAUGAGGACCAACAACCUCUAGAAACCCCUCUCACCAGCCCGGCAACACCUGAAGAAGAGCCAGAAAACAUUUUGAACUGUCAUUUUUUAGCUCGAGAACGGAGAAUUGCCCAAAAGCUCCAAGAAAGAUGCCCAAUGAUUGUGCAGAAAGUUCUGUGUUAGACUGAGGAGAGGGAAGGAUGAAUAGGAUGGAACUGAUUCUUUGGCUAAAAUGAAAUUAGCAGCUAAAAAAAUCUAAUAUAAAAUGCCAUGGAUCUUCUUCAGAAGAACAUGAAGUUGCUUCUGUGUAUAUGGUUCUCUGCCAUGGCCUCAGCAAUCCAUAAUCCAUGAAUGGAGAGGAUUCCCCAUGGUCAGAUGUCAAGUACUGCAACUUGCACAUCUGGUUAAAUUUCCAGUUCUAGAUGGUACAGUGUAUAGAGAAUUGGGUCCAGAGUCGGGAAGAUCUGAAUUAAAAUCCAGCCAUAGACAUUCACUAGCUGUGUGACCCUAGGGAAGCAUGAAGUGAGAGCUAGCAGCACAAGGACAAGCUAUAAUUGGUUUUAAGUUAUCUACAAAUAAUUUCAAACACCAGGAUCAUGUUUUCCCUCUCAUCUCUUAUUUUACUAUGUCACCAUGUUAGUUUUUACAUUAGCAAAUUCAAAUAACUAAGAUAAUUCUUUUGCCAAAAGCAAUAUAAUGUACUCUAAAGCCUUUAAUAUGUUAUUUUCUUUUUUAAAAAUUACAUAAUACUACAUUUAUAACCAAAUGGAAUUAUUUUUCAGCUCUGGGAGAGGGGAGAGAAGGGAAGGAGGAAGAGAGACAAUUUGGAAAACAUAUAUGAAAACUUAUUAUGUGUAAUUGGCAAAAAUAAAUUAAUAAUAAAUAAAAACAUAAACAAGCCUCCAGUUCUGGAAUAUCUGUGACAGUGUUGCCCUCCAUUAUCAUGAAAGAAUAAGGAUUUGGGCAGCAAGGUGGCUCAGUGAAUUGAAAGCCAGAACUAGAGAUAGGAAGUCCUGAGAUCAAAUUUGACCUUCGACACUUUCUAGCUAUGCAAUGCUGGGCAAGUCACUUAAUUCCCACUGACUAGGUCUUGCUGCUCUUCUGCCUUGGGAAAUCAAUACAACUUUUUUUUUCAUUCUAAGAUGGAAGGUGGUAAGGGUUUAUAAAAUUUUUUAAUUAAAGAAAAGAAGAAUGAGGUUGUGGUUUGCAAUGAUAUAGUAAUAUCCUUAAAAAUGGCUAAUGCUCUAAUAAAAGUGUCCAUUAAUAGAAGUGUCAGACAAAAGAGAUGUAUUAUGUUAGACAUAAUGUCUCUAACAUAAGAAACAGAGAUGAUCUGUCAUGUGGAUUCCCUUUUCUCAGAGCCUGAGUGGAAGACCUUUCCUGACUUCAUUGGCUUCAAGUUUUGGCUGAAGUCCCACCUUCGGAAAGAAGUCUUCCCUUCUCUUUGAGUUUAUUCCUAAUUUGUCUAAAUCACACUCAUACAUAAUUGUUUGCACAUUGUCUCCCCCAUAGGGCUGUGAGUUAUGAGUUCAUUGAGAGAAAGGGAUAUUUAUCUUCCAUCUUCUGUACUUAGCAUGGUAUGUGAUAAAUCCUUGUGAACUUGACUCCUUUCUGCUAUUCUAGGGGGAUAUCUGCUUUGACUCUCUUGUUUGUUGUACUCAUCAACGUAUCACUCAAGAGAAGCUCCUGGGAGCCUUAAGUUUUCUCUCCCCAAAUUUAAGGAAAUAUUUGAGUUGAAGGAGUGAUUUGGUCCUCAUUUUCUUUGUUGUUGUUGGACAAUUGAGAAGGAAAUGGUAAACCACUCUAGUGUGUUUGCCAAAAACACCCCAGAUGGUGUUGGACAAGACUGAAAUGACUGAACAAUGACAACAACAAAACUAUUAGUGAGUUAGAGGGAAAAGAAAGGACACUAGAAAAAGAAAGUGGAAGAUUUGAGAUGAUAGAAUUCAAGUGAAUCAUUUAAUUGAAAUCAUCAAUGAAUACAAGAGAAGAUUCAAGUAACAGAGAAAGGAUUCAGGCUGAAAGAUUAAAGGAAAGGAGGGAAGUAAUAAUUCUGAGGGAGGGGAUAUAGCAUCAGAGGCUUAGAGAAAUUAUAGGUGGAUGAUUAUUGACAAAAUUAUUAUAUUUGGCAGGUUUAAAGUUAUUUAUAACUUUGGAGAGGAUAGUUUAAGUUGAGUGGCGAGAUCAGAAUCUAGACUAAAGAGGUAAAAAAUUGUGAGAGGAAAGGAAGUGGAGGCAUUCAUAACUGACAAUGUUCAGCUGAAAAAGGGAAGAAAGAUAUGGGAUGGUAGCAGAAAUGAAUGGAUCAAAUGAAGGCUUUUUGAGGAUGGGAGUGUUUAUAGGAAGUUUCAGCAAAUUAAAUGAAUGAAAUAAAAAGAUAAUAAAAAAGAAAUAAAAAAGAAAUAAAAAAUAAAAAGAGGAAAGACUAGAAGCUGAGAGUCUGUUGGCAAUGGUCCAGCCAAAAGGCUGUACUAUCUCUUGAUGGCUAUGUGAGUGGCGAUAAGAAGGCAGGUAUAACAGAAUCAUUGUGGAAGUUGAAUCAUUAGAAUUAUGUUAAGUGGUUGGAUAUAAGUAUAUGAGCAUUUAUAUAGAGCUUUAAAGCUCAUAAAACAUUUAACAAAUAUUUGAUCCUUGCAACAACCUUGGGAGGUAGGUGAUACUGUUAACCUUAUUUUACAGAUGAAGAAACUGAGACAGACAGCAACUAAAUAACGUGUUCAGUGUCACAUAGUAAAUGUUUGAAGCUGGAUUUGAAUUUAGCUCUCCUGAUUCAAGUUCUAUGUUCUAUCCAUUGUGCCGCCUAACUGGGAUUAAGGAGAAGCAAGACUCAAAAGUAACUGCAAGGUUGUAAUUUUGGAUGAGCGAUUGAAUGAAUGCUGUACACUGUCUCCUUAGUGGGAUCAAGAAAUUUAUAGGAAUAAAUUUUUAAAGGAGGAAGAUAGUGUGUUCCAUUUUGGUUCCUGUUUUCCCUAUUCUCAUAAAACUCAUAAUCUUUAUAUUGUGUUGGGACAUAGAAUAAGACUGUUGCCAUUUCCUUAUACAUCUUGCCUUAGUAGGCAUUAUUUGGAAUUAAAUUUCUAAAAAUUCUACUUUUCUUAGUUUUUUAGUAACUGAGUUAUGUCAGCCAUGAUCACCUUUAACACCUAAAACUAGCAUUUCCCAAUUUUUUUCUUUUUAAAGUAUUUUGGAUUAACAGCAACUGGCAUUUCCAACUGCUGUUUUAGGUAUCUAUUACUAACAUGAUUUCAUUUUUAAAAUAAAUUUGAUGUUAAGAAUUUCAUUUAAUUGACAGUUCUGUAGUCACAAAGUCUUGCCAAGUUCUCCUCAAGAGAUGUCUUUGAUUUUAUAUAUAUCACCUUUAUUCUAGGCAUCUUUUUUUUUUGCUUUUGUUAAAAAUACAUUUUAUUUUUUCCUGAUUCCAUGUAAUAAUGCUUUUUAAAAUACAUUUUGAGAAUUUUUAAAUCCAAAGUCUCUCCUUCCUCUGUUCCCUCCUUUCUUCCUGAGAGCAUAAGCAAUUUGAUUUAGGUUAUGGGUACACAUUAUGAAUUCAAACACUUCCUCUUUACAUGUCAGGGGCUAGCUUUUUAUUCCCACCAGAGAAAUAGUUUUCUGUCAUCCAGGUACCAUGCUGCUAUAAUAUAUCUCUCUUUAAAGCAGUUC